AUGAGCGGAUGCAUGGACAGAUACCGUACAUUCACAGCAAACAAAGACUGGGUUGGCACGAAUGCCGCCUGCGAAUGCGGUUACUCUGUCAAUUCGACAAGCGAUCCUAAUUACGCCGUCUUUACCGAACUAGUCGAAAAUGACUUUCUACACACUUCAACAGACAACUUUCACCAAGUGGGCUGGGCGCCGCAAGUUUACAACGUUACCCCCGCAAAUGCCAGAGGACCGUUCGGAAAGAGCAUGGAACUGGAGAAUGUCAUCGCAAACCCAUUGAAGGAUUCAAAGGCCUGGUCGGGUGAAUCGAAGCUUGGUGGGGAUGCAGGACUCCAGCUUUGGGUGCGCGGCCAACAUCAAGAUGGCUAUGUUAGCGGUUCUGAGCUUGUGUCACUGCGUAACGACUCGUUACUUGGAAGUUUCCGCGUGGGCAUGAAGCUGUCAAACUCUUCCGGAACUUGCGGCGCAUUCUUCUUCUACCACAACAACUCGCAAGAAAUCGAUAUGGAGUUCCUAUCUCACCAAUUCAACAACUCCCAAGGUGCUGUAAAUCUCGUUCUCCAAAGUCCGGAAUCCGUCAACCACGGCUUUGCCGCUCAAGGAACCAAUGGCUUCAAGGUCGAGCGACUCAACUUCCGACCGGACGAAAUGUUUCACGAAUACCGAUUUGACUGGACCAAGGAUGUCGUUUCUUUCUACGUGGAUGGACAGCUGCUCAGCGAAAUUCGGGAUAAUGUCCCGACCGACAGCGGUAGCAUCUUCUUUAACCACUGGAGCAACGGUGACCCAUCAUGGUCUGCUGGCCCCCCGGAUCGUGACACCGUCAUGACCAUCUCGUACAUGAAAUCCUACUUCAACUCUACGGAUACCGAGCGAUCGCAAAACGACUACAAGAAGCGCUGCCCAACAUUCGACCCAGCCAAAGUGUGUGCUAUCCCGAGCCAGACGACCAUCCCAGACCCAAGCAAAGGCCCAGAAGCAGCAAAGACGUACUUUUUCUCGCAAGAUAAAUCCACGAACAAGACACCAGGCCAGAAGAUUUAUUCUGGAAGUGCUACGAGCACCUUUGGUAGUCAAUCAUGGUCACUCGCAAUCCCAGUAUUCGUCGCCCUACUCAGCGCAAUACCAGCGUGGUAG